AUGGCUAGUAGAUCUUGUAAAGAUGACGGGGGAAUAAAGAACGGAAUCGUACGGAGGAUAAAGAAGAAGGGGGUGAAGAAAGAGAAGUUGGAAAAGAAGGAGUUGAAGAAAGAGAAGCUAGAAAAUGAAGAGGGAUAUGACGAGGAAAAGAGGGGGGCAAACCCAGCAGCUGGUGGGUCUGGGCCGACGGCGAGAGGAAGCUCACAGAAUUCGUCACAAAAUCCGCUCCCAAAUCCCCCACUAAAGCCGCCAGUAAAUCCGCCUCUAAAUCCGCACACAAAUCCCCCAGCAAAUCCGACCCCAAAUUCCCUACCAAAUCCGCUCCCGAAUCCCUUACCAAAUCCGCCAGUAGGUCCGCCAGUAGGUCCGCCAGUAAAUCCGCUACCAAAUGCACAGCCAAAUACGCCACCAAAUCCUGAACACCCUGGAUCCGCCAUCAGUUCUUUCCUUCUGGAGCAGCUCAAAGAGCAAAAAGAUGCGGUGCUGCUACUCCAGAAGGAACUUCAGACGCUAAAAGAGCAAAGAAAGAGAGAACAGCAGAGUUGGGCCAACGAGAGGAGGAAGCUGCAAACUCAAAUACGAAAUCAUGCUCAACAAAUCACGCAGGCCCAGACCCAGACCCAUUACUGGCAACAGCCACCUUACUUCUCGGCUCCACAGGUGGCACCAAGCCAACAUUACUUUCCGUUGCCGCCAGUACCACAAGCUCUUGCCGAAUCUAACCAACAGGUUGUUUCAUUAUUAAAGAAACUCGUCAAGACCCGUAACGCUGGUAAUCGGUGCGGGCAGUAA